AUGCUCCUUCACCGUUCAUGCUCUAUCCACCAUCAGUUUGCUCCCCUCAUGCUUCUUCUCCGCCUUCUAUCACUCAUCUAUUUGGAGCUUUUCCGUCGUAGCUUUAAUCCCACAUCCAGACCCGCUAAUGUUCAUUGUUGGCUCCAAAAUUUGCGUCGGCGAGACUAUCGGUUCUCCAAGCCACCACCGCUCAUCCUUUGUCCCUCGAAAAUUCACAACAUUGUCAGUGAUUUUCAAAUAUGGGCUUGGCCCAAGAUAUUUUGUGAUGUUGUUAGCCCAUUUCCCAAUUUACCAAGGCCCAAAUCUGUUGCUAAAUAUAAUAACUCCUACUCUAUCGUGAAUGGCUCAGCUUAUGUGUUUGGAAUGUCUAACUUCUUAAUUUCCUCCAGCAAGGAGAGAGAUUUCUUAUCAACUUCCUCCUUUUGGGAGAGAUCACUUCCACCUUCCUAUCCGUUCGGGAAGAGAACCAGUUUACCAUUUUCCCUCUCCAUGAGAGGAAAAUUCAUCUCGGCUUCAAAGCCGCGUGGAAAUGUUCCAUCUUUCUAA